AUGCAAGUGUUGGAGGUCGACUGCUCCCCUCUUAUUGGUUCGGGUACCCACGUCUGGGAGGGCCUCUUGCUGGACGGUGUCAUAUUUUGUUAUGACGCUGCCAACGCUGACUCAUUUGCUCAUGUCCACGAGUUUACGCGAUUGGGCCUACCGACGAUCGUGGUAGCGUGCAAAUCCGAUCUUGACAUUGCGGUAGACCCACGAGAUGCGCUUGCCGUCGUGCACCCGUACGACACAGGCGUCAUUGAGCUGAAUGCAAUAGAUGCAUCGGGGAGGGAGAAGAUCCAGACGACAAUCGAGUGGAUAGUCAGAGCGAUACGCAAGAAAAGGUUUCCCGGAGCAGUCCGCAGUGAUCGCGACGGAUUCCGGAAUCCAGCGUCGCCCGCGGUACUGGUUGCUUCGACUCCGCCACCUUGGGAGAUGUCUCGUGCUUCUUCCGCGACACCUACCGCCGCCUCCGCGACGUCUUCGCAGAUGGCGCACGCACAGGUGAUGCAAAGCUCUGUAUCUAUGCCGCAUCCAUACGCCCAAACCCCAGUGCCUGCGGCACAAACAUUUCGCCUGCCGACACCGACAUCCGCCACAUCUUCGCGGACACCGACGACACCUACCUCCCCGUCGCGUGCACGAUCCACCAGUGAUCUCCUCUCAGAACAUGAGAAGUCGCGGCGUGAGGAACGCGAGCAGCACUCAGCUGGUCGCAACGCCGGGGUAGCCUCUCCGAGUGUGCGCACGCGCUACUCUUUGAAUGCUCUGUCGAAUGCUGGAGGGCCAGUAGAGCAAACGAAUUCUCAGGACGAGCCCCGUGAGGCGGCAAGAGAAGUCGUCCCAAAUCAAACGCGUGCCCCUGUUUGGAUGACACUGGAUGAACUGUUGGACAAGCUGUUGUUCCUGUCAGUGAGCGACGACGACCCUGUGUUCAUCUCGCAUUUCCUCCUCACCUAUCGACGCUUUGCAAGUCCCCGGAGCGUGCUUUUGGCGAUGCAGAAACGACUGCGAUCCCUGGACCAGCCGAGCGGUGAUCCAAUGUUCGCAUGUUAUGCGCAGAUGAGGAUAUGUCUUCUUCUGGACAACUGGCUUCAUUGGUAUCCAACGGAUUUCGCCGUGCAUGGCUCUGCCGGCGCCCUGACAGCGCUGAUCAAAUUCGCCCUGAGCAAGACAUAUCUUUUGCACUAUGGCACCGUGUUCCUACCAUUUAUGGACCACCUGAACCACCUACGGGACCGGGACCAUGCAUGGGCGCUGAAGGUGGAAUACGAGAGCGACGACUCAUCCGUCCUGUCCGAAGAGGAAGGAUAUGCACCAUUGGAGAUCGAGUUCGGGUCUUCCAGAAAGAUGCCGCAGUUGCAGCCGCUACCAACAAAUGGGGGAGCUCCGUCCCAAAGCCAUACCAUGGCAACGCGUGAUCGCAAGUCAAGCUUACCACUGCAUGCCAAGGCUUUCGCUAUCGGGAACUCCCUGUUGUCCCCCUUGCACGGGGGCGACUUGGCGGAUCUCACGCCGAAGGCGAAGCUGAAGAGGCUGCAGUCAAUCAGCGAGGACGUGCAGAAGGCGGACACGAAAGAUCUGGCGUACGAAAUUACGCGGAUCGAGUGCGUGUUCUUCUUGCAAAUAGAGCCUCGACAUUGGUUACAGCAUGUCCUCGUACAAGGCAAAAAGGAUCCCGAGACUGACUCCAUUGCGAGAUACAACCAUGUCUCCAAUCACAUCGCCGACUGGGUCGUUUCGCUCAUUCUAUGCCAUGACAAGGCAAAGUCCCGCGCACGUCAGAUGGAGAAGUUUAUCGCCGUUGCGGACUCCCUUCGCACAGCUCAUAAUUACUCGGCGCUGCGUGCUAUUGUCGCUGGCAUCAACAGUGCUACGUUUGAAGGGGAUGAAGCACUUCAGAUCCUGCAGUCAAAAUCGCCAGAUCAGUUGAAGAAGUUCCAGUCGUAUGACCAGCUUUUGCAGUCUGUGCGGUCGCACCAGAAAUACCGCAUGGCGCUCAGGAAUACGAAGGGUCCUUGCAUACCUGCACUGGAAAUCCAUCUCUCGGACCUCAUUCGUGCACAUGAGGGCAACACAGACUACCACGACGAUGACCCGGCAAAAAUCCACUGGGCCAAAUUCAACAUGAUGGCAAAGUUCAUCGACGUGGUCUCACAAUGUCAAGAAUGGUGCCGGAAUGCUGACGACAACGCGUACCUUCGACCGCCACAUUACAAGGCUCCUGAGUACCUACUUUUCGAGAAAUCGGAAAUCCUCAUGGACCUUGAUAUGCAACGAUCGAGGAUUGUUCCACCAGACUCACAAGGAGCCAUCGAUGGCUUUUUGCCUGCACCGUCUCAGACAUCGAACCAGCAGAGGGAUGCAGCUGUCUUGCGCAAGAUCCUGUUUUGGUGAUCGCCGUGGCUUCUGGUCGCACGAAUCGCUAUCUCGUCUGUCACAUCCAUUGCUUGCUCGCUCUGCUCACAGUAUCUAUUAUACCUACUUGGAUUUGUACUCACACCUGUCGAAGAUGCUAUGCUCGUUGUUAGUAGUAUGAGGUCGGCGGAGUUCGUUCGGCGUUA